AGGCUCCUAGUUUCUCAUUCCGUGCACUUUUCAUUGUCAAAGUACAAUAUUACUUCUUCAAGCUUCUCUUUGCUAUAGCUAUAAGCCAUGGUUCUCUCUAAGCUUCUAUUUGCAUCCCUUCUUAUUUCCUUUGUUCUCUUCCAUUUCGUUGAUGCUGAUGAUCAAACGGUACACGCACAGACUCAGGGUUCGCUUCUUCAGCAAAUAGAUUGUAAUGCAGCAUGUACUGCGAGGUGCCGUUUAGCAUCUCGUCAGCGCAUGUGCCAUAGAGCCUGUGGAACUUGCUGCAGCCGGUGCAACUGUGUGCCACCGGGUACUUCCGGUAACCAAGAAGUGUGCCCCUGCUAUGCCAGCCUCACCACUCACGGUGGCCGACGCAAGUGCCCUUAGAGUUCCAUCUUUCAUAUACCCAAUACCAAUAAUUAUAAAUAUCCUUUGCAAUUUCGUGAUAUAUGUUACAAAGAAAUACAACAAUAAGAUGCCAACCGUAAAUGUCUUGGAAAAUAAACUGCGUUUUCAAUGCAUGUUGUUGAAUCGCUGCGAGCGUUUGUGAGUGUGAUAAUAUACUAUAUGAUAUGAUGAUUAAAUUAAAAAAAAAAAGAAGGUAAUUUUCUUGUAUUACUCUUGUUUUUUUCUGGUCUGUAGUGUGAUGUUCUUCUUAUGCCUCCUUUUUAUCUGUUUUU